CCAUUACUAUUGUCUUGUAUCGUUACCGAUCCGAUUUACAACACAAUGCUUAGGGCUCUGGUCUUGAGCAUGUCAAAACCCCACUAAUGAAGGAUUUUAUUUCUCCAGACUUCCUCCUUCUACGACCAGAUACCUCCCUUCCAAAACCCUCCGUCAAUCAUCUAUCGUCUAUCGCAAUCUUUGCGCGCUCUCCUUCAACAGCACCGAUCAAGCUCUUCGACUCUCAUCGAUUGCACCUCGCUCGACAGAGGAUUUCUCGAACCGAUGGCGACUCCGCAGAUGAGUCCGCACAGCAAUGGCGUAUCUCUGAUUGCCUUUGCUAAGGAACAUGCGCGACCUGCAAAUACCUUCCAAGGAUGCUCGAGCAUCAACGAUUACGAUAUUCUAGGCAAGCUUGGAGAGGGAACGUUUGGCGAAGUUCAUCGUGCAAAGUCUAGAAAGACGGGUGCCAUCGUCGCGCUGAAGAAGAUCCUCAUGCACAACGAGAAGGAUGGCUUCCCAAUCACCGCGUUGCGCGAGAUCAAGCUUCUGAAGCUCUUAUCGCAUCCCAACGUUUUGAAGCUGGAGGAAAUGGCCGUUGAACAUCACACAAAGCCGACCGACAAAAGAAAACGUGCUAUCAUGUACAUGGUAACUCCAUACAUGGACCACGAUCUCUCUGGACUUCUCGAAAAUCCAACAGUUAAGCUGCAAGAAUCGCAUAUUAAAUGUUAUCUGCUUCAACUCUUGGAAGGUCUCCGAUAUCUACAUGCAAACCAGAUCCUACAUAGAGAUAUGAAGGCAGCCAAUCUACUCAUUAACAACAAGGGGAUUCUACAAAUCGCAGAUUUUGGUCUCGCUCGACAUUACGAUGAAAACCCUCCAAAGCCAGGGCAAGGAGGAGGUGAGGCACGCAGAGACUAUACUACACUGGUCGUUACACGAUGGUAUCGACCACCUGAGUUAUUGCUGCUGUUGCGGAAGUACACAACUGCCAUUGAUCUCUGGGGUGUUGGCUGUGUCUUUGGAGAAAUGCUCAUCGGCAAGCCCAUUCUUUCUGGAGAUAGCGAUUUAAACCAGCUCAAAAUCAUUUUCGACCUCGUCGGCACGCCCACGGAUGAGACUAUGCCAGGCUGGAGAUCGUUGCCCGGGGCUGAGAGCAUGAACUUCUCGCCACAUCCGUCUACUUUGUCCCAGCGCUUUCGACAAUACGGCUCUGGUGCUAUUUCUCUACUCGCCGAACUUCUUAAAUUGGAUUGGAGAAAACGUAUCAACGCAAUCGAUGCACUUGAGCACCCAUAUUUCCGCGAUUCACCACUUCCCGCCAAGCCAGGAGAUCUUCCAACCUUCGAAGACUCCCAUGAGCUAGACCGGAGAAAGUUCAAGAGUCAGAAGGCUGCUCCUCCCCCAGCUCCAAAAGGUGGGACAGUUGGCAUGGGACCUGCUGCAGCAGGUGGUUGGGGAGGCGAGCCGACCGGCAAUGGUCAUUAUGUCAAUGGAGAUAGUCAUAAUGGCCAUCGACACCCGAACGGCUCUCGCUAUCCACACGGUGACCAUCGGAAUGGUGUCCCCCCACCACCACCUCCAGGUGAGCGAAGACCAGCAUGGGCUCGAGGCAGGGACGAGCGACCGGAUACCCGACUUCCGCCUCGACCUCCUCCGGCAGAAUACAACUACGACGGCCCUCGGGGCGAACGGCCAGAGAACUACAGAUCUCGAUCUCGUGAUCUUGACCGUGGCCCACCCAGGAGUAGACCGGGAGGACCUAACGUUGACACAUAUAUUCCAAGCUACGGUCCGGACGGCGGCAGAAGAGAUGACAGAGGACCGCGAGACAGAGAUGAACGACCUCGAGACCGACGACCCAGGGACGAUCGUGAUGAUCGUCCCAGACAUGAUCGUGAUCGAUUAGAUUACGAUGAUCGUCGAAGUAAGAGGACUCGCAGCCGCAGUCGAAGUCCUCUUCCUGAUCGCGACAGGGGGGACAGACCUAGGGAGCGAGAUCCGCUACCGCGAGUGGAUCAGGAGCGAGAUAUUUACCGCAGAUAAUUGAUUGUGCUUUCUUGGGCUUGGUCUGGUUUGCUUCGAGGAGUUUGAGAAAGGUGAUCAAUCAUCAGGCCGGGUCUACGAAUAGGCUUUGUAAUGGUGUGGCGUUUUGGCUUCAUUGUGUCGUUCUGCAAGGCGUUCGAGGACUGGCAUGGUUGAUAGAUCGGAUUCUAUAUCAUCGUCUGCCUUGGCGAUUCUGAGACUGGAAAGAAAUCGAGUUCGAAUGAGAGGAUGAUGCAAUAUCAUAUACUUGCUACUGAU